CAGGUAGUUGGAGUCUGCAGGUCCGGCUCCCUCUGACUGCGCCACGCCAUGCCCCUCAGCCUCUUCCGGCGCCUGCUCCUCGCCGCCCUGCUGCUAGCGAUUGUCUGGACCCUCUUCGGGCCCUCGGGCCUCGGGGAGGAGCUGCUGAGCCUCUCGCUAGCCUCCCUGCUCCCCGCACCGGCCUCGCCAGGGCCGCCCCUGGCCCUGCCGCGUCUCCUGAUCCCCAACGAGGACGCCUGCCGUGGCCCCGGCGCCCCUCCCUUCCUGCUCAUCCUGGUGUGCACGGCCCCCGAGAACCUCAACCAGAGAAACGCCAUUCGGGCCUCGUGGGGCGGGCAGCGCGAGGCCCGCGGGCUUAGGGUGCAGACUCUCUUUCUCCUGGGAGAGCCCGGCGGGCGGCAUCCCACCUGGGGCUCCCAUGAGAACGACCUGGAACGGGAGUCAGUGGCCCAGGGGGACAUACUGCAGGCGGCCUUCCACGACUCCUACCGCAACCUGACCCUCAAGACGCUCAGCGGGCUGAGCUGGGCGGACAAACACUGCCCCAUGGCCCGCUACAUCCUCAAGACCGACGAUGAUGUGUUUGUCAACGUUCCGGAACUGGUAUCAGAGCUGGUCCGGCGAGGGGGCCGUUGGGAGCAAUGGGAGAGGGGCAUGGAGCCCCAGGGAGAGGCUGGGGCUGGAGAUGGAGAGUGGAAAGGAGGCCGCCCCACCCUGGUGAGUCAGCCCAUGCCUCUUUUGUACCUGGGCCGUGUGCACUGGCGGGUGCACCCCUCUCGGACUCCAGGGAGCAAGCACCAAAUAUCGGAGGAGCAGUGGCCUGCCACCUGGGGCCCUUUCCCACCCUAUGCCUCGGGCACUGGAUAUGUGUUGUCAGCUUCCGCUGUGCAGCUCAUCCUCAAAGUGGCCAGCCGGGCCCCCCCUCUGCCACUGGAAGAUGUCUUUGUGGGGGUAAGUGCCCGACGGGGAGGCCUCACCCCAACCCACUGUGUCAAGCUGGCUGGUGCCACCCACUAUCCCUUGGACCGGUGCUGCUAUGGGAAAUUCUUGCUGACAUCCCACAGGCUGGACCCCUGGAAGAUGCAGGAAGCCUGGAGGCUGGUGGGCGGCUCCGCUGGGGAAAGGACUGCGCCCUUCUGCUCCUGGCUCCAGGGAGUCCUGGGCAUCCUGCGGUGCCGGGUGAUAGCCUGGCUUCACAGCUGAGGACCCGGGCCAUGGCGGGAGUGAGGAGCUGAGGGGCCAGCCAGCUCCCCCACCGUUCUCCCGGGCCCAAGGCAUCUGGCUGCAACUGGACAGUUUCCUGACACCAGACGCUCAGUCUGUCACUGAAGCCUGAAGGAUACAGGGGAAACCCAGGGUCUGGCCUGCCAGCCCCAAAGAUGGUCAUCAGGAGAGUAAAGCAAUGCUGCGGUCAUUCCCCAUCCAUGGCAGGAGAGGGGCAGGAGCCCCUCAAUAAAUCUGUCUCUCUACUUCGA